AUGAACAAGAUGAAAAACUUCAAGCGGAGGUUUUCACUCUCGGUUCCGCGAACAGAGACCAUCGAGGAGUCACUGACAGAGUUCACGGAGCAGUUCAACCAGCUCAACAACCGGAGAAAUGAAGGGCACCUGCAACUGGGACACCUGGGCAGGGACUUCCGAGCAGACACCAGCCCCAUCUCCCCCUCUGAGGUGGAAGGCCAGUCCCCGAUGGCCGUGCGCUACCGCAACAACAACCAGCGCCGCUUCUCCAUGGAGGAUGUCAGCAAGCGUCUCUCCCUGCCCAUGGACAUCCGCCUGCCCCCUGAGUUCUUGCAGAAGCUGCAGAUGGAGAGCCCAGAGUUCCCCAAGCCCCUCAGCAGGAUGUCCCGACGGGCUUCCCUCUCAGAUAUCGGGUUUGGGAAGCUGGAAACCUAUGUUAAACUGGACAAACUGGGAGAGGGCACUUAUGCCACUGUCUUCAAGGGGCGCAGCAAGCUGACCGAAAACCUCGUUGCCCUGAAGGAAAUCCGCCUGGAGCAUGAGGAAGGGGCACCUUGCACAGCCAUACGGGAAGUGUCGCUCCUGAAGAACCUGAAACAUGCCAACAUCGUGACCCUGCACGACAUCAUCCACACGGAGCGCUCCCUCACCCUCGUCUUCGAGUAUCUGGACAACGACCUCAAGCAGUACCUCGAUAACUGUGGGAACCUGAUGAGUGUGCACAAUGUGAAGAUCUUCAUGUUCCAGCUGCUGCGUGGUCUGGCUUACUGUCAUGGGAGAAAGAUCCUGCACCGAGACCUCAAACCCCAGAACCUGCUCAUCAACGAGAGAGGAGAGCUCAAGCUGGCUGACUUCGGACUAGCCAGAGCCAAGUCAGUCCCUACGAAAACAUAUUCCAAUGAGGUGGUCACGCUGUGGUACCGACCCCCCGAUGUCCUGCUGGGAUCUACCGAAUAUUCCACACCCAUCGACAUGUGGGGUGUUGGGUGCAUCCACUACGAGAUGGUCACCGGGCGGCCCAUGUUCCCCGGCUCCACGGUGAAGGAAGAGCUGCAUUUGAUCUUCAGGCUGCUGGGAACCCCAACAGAAGACACCUGGCCUGGAAUAACAUCCAACGAGGAGUUCAAGGCUUACAAUUUCACGCAGUACCGAGCCCAGCCGUUAAUAAAUCACGCCCCAAGGCUGGACUCAGAAGGCAUUGACCUGCUGAUGAACCUCCUUCUGUAUGAAGCCAAAGGCCGGAUUUCGGCGGAGGCAGCCCUGCAGCACGCUUACUUCAAGAGCCUGGGAGAGCGGGUACAUCUCCUGCCUGACAAUGUCUCCAUCUUCUCCCUGAAGGAGAUCCAGCUUCAAAAGGACCCUGGUUACCGAGGCUCAGCCUUUCAGCAGACAGCCCGAGGGAAGAACAGGAGGCAGAGUAUAUUUUAA